AUGGCCGCCCGCAGAAGAGCUUCCGAGUGGGAAGAGAAGGCGCCAAAGGAUCUCGAUCCUGAGACCGAACCUGUCGCGGACAGCGAGAACGAAAGCGGCAGUGAGGAAGAAAGCGCCGACGAGAACGCGGGCACCGAGCACUAUGUCACCGUUGGCAAGAGCAAGCUCCGCGAAAAGGAAGGCGUUUCUCUUGGACCGCAGUACCGAGGCGCCCGCGUCAGCCGCGAUGCACUGAACGAUGCGAGCAACGAUGACGACAGCGACGUGUUUGAGGAUGCGAAAGAGGACAUUGACUCCAGCGGCGAAGAGUUUGACGACCCCGAGACCGCCGACCUGGCCGCCGACGCAGAGGCCGUAGCAGGCGAGGACCCCGAAAUCUCGAGCGACAACGCCUUUGGCGACAGCGACGACGAGAAAUUCAGUGGCUUUGUUUUCCGCGGCAGCUCGCAGCCCAAGGAAAAGAAGGGCAGCCGCAGCAAGAGACCCAAGGCCGCCGACUUUAUCUCUGACGAGGAGGAAGAUGACGAGGACGACGAAGACUCGGAAGAUGGCGAGGGCAGCGACGGCGAUCUCAUGGAUGGUCUCGAGGGCUCAGAGGAGGACGACGACGAUGAGGAGGAGGAGGACGAUGAGGACGAUGAGGACGACGACAACGACGAUGAAGAGGAAGAAGAAGACGAGGAUGACGAAGAUGAGGAUGACGAGCAGCCCCGCCGCAAGUCCUCCAAGUCCGACGCCAGAGCCGAGCAGCGCAGGCUCAUGAGUGAAGGCCAAAAGGCCCUCGCCGCCACAAUCUCGGCGGCCGCCCAACAAGACGCACAAAAGGGCAUCGCCGUCCGCGAGCAGCGCAAGACGUUUGACGGCCUCCUCAACAUCCGCAUCCGUUUGCAAAAGGCGCUCGUGGCGACAAACUCCUUCUCCACCAUCGAGCCCCCUUCCGAAGAAGACGAUGAACAGAACUCGGAGCCGUACGAGGCCGCUGAGGAGGCCGCGCUGAAGCUGCUCAACACCCUCGACAGCUUCCGCGCCAGCCUGCUCCCCGCGGAGCUCGCGCAGCAGGCCGCUGGCGCAAAGCGCAAGCGCGGCGACUACGACGCCUCGACCUCGAACGAGGACAUCUGGCAGGGCAUCCAGGAGGCCGAGCAACGCGCGUCCAAGUACCGCAAGAAGGUGCUCGAGACGUGGUCCGCCAAGACGCGCAGCGCCAACGUCGAGGUCAAGUCGCGCAACCUCGUCUCGACGCAGACGUCGGUCGUCGCCAGCCUCGAGGACCAGCUCCUCAACACCGACCGCCUCGUGAGGCGCACGCGCACGCCGCGGUCCUGCGCCCCCGCGCAGGUGACGCGCAAAGUCAACGAGGACCCGGACAUCUACGACGACGCCGACUUUUACCAGCUUCUCCUCAAGGAGCUCGUCGAGCAGCGCACGUCCGACACAGGCAACGGCGCGGCGGCGCAGCCUACGGUGCGAUGGGCGGCGAUGAAGGAGGCCAAGACGAAGAAGCACGUCGACCGGAGGGCGAGCAAGGGCCGCAAGAUGCGCUUCAACGUGCAUGAGAAGCUGCAGAACUUCAUGGCGCCCGAGGACCGGAGGGCGUGGGAGCAGGACGCGGUCGAUCGGUUGUUCGGCACCCUGUUUGGACAGAAGAUGGGGCUGAGCGAGCAGGCGUCCGAUGCAGAGAUGGAGGACGACGAGGAGGUCGAUGCCGAAGAGGCCGGUCUCCGGCUGUUUCGCAACUAA